GGGCUGCUGCUGGUCUAUGAGCGUCUAUAAAACCAGAUGAAGUUCCCACUGAGCUGCUCUGACCCGCCAUGUCGUGCUGCGACUCGGGCCCGAGCAGCAUCCUCUUCAGCCUGCUCAGCCGCGGCCCCCCGCGGAGGCUCUGCGCAUGCGCCUCGAGCAGGCCCCAGGUCUGGCUCCGGUCGCUCCGGUCUCCCAGCGCGAGCCUCUGCGCAUGCGCCCCGAGCAGGAGCCGGGUCUUCCAGCUGGCCACCGAGGAGCUGCAGAGCAGCUUCAGGUUCGUGAGGAGCCUGCCGAGCUUCCGCAGCCUGCCGGUGUCGGACCAGCUGCGGCUGGUGUGGGCGGGCUGGGCGCGCCUGCUGGUGCUCGGGCUGGCCCGGGUCCCGGUGCUCCGCGGGAUCCCGACGCAGCACCCCGGGGUGCCCGGCGGGGCCGCACAGCGCCUACAGCUGGUGCUGGACAUGUGCGCGGGGCUGAGGACCAGCGUGAGGGAGGACGCCUUCCUGAGGGGAGCGCUGCUCUUCACCGCAGAUGCGACGGAGCUGGAGUGUGGAGACUACAUCCAGGCCCUGCAGAGGGAGGCUGAGCGUGCGCUCUACGAGCACGUGAGGACCAUUCACCGGGACGACCCGGCUCGCUUGGACGAGCUGCGGCGGGUUCUGGUCACCCUGCGCUCCCUGGAGCCGGACACGGUGGCCGGCCUCUUCUUCAGGCCCGUGACGGGACCGGCCCGCGUGGAGGAUCACGUGUUCGCCAUGUUUUUUAAGAGUUAAAGCCCAUCAUGCCAUCAAUGAUAUCUCUCAAUAAAUUCAUAGCUGUCUGUUAUACAUUCUGUGACGUCACUGUCUGAUUCACAAAGAAUGAGCAACAUGUGGAUUAUUUAUAACAUCUGUAUAUAUUUUUUAAAAUCAUACCUCAGACCAUUUUACUUUAAAAGAUAUUUGUCUGCUCACCCAUCUGUGACAUGCUGAGACAUAAUAAAGCUCUGCUUUCAUCU